GACGCCACCAGCGCUAGGAAAGCAGCUUUCUCUCACAGUGGGUUUAUUGAGAGGAUUAUUAAAACCUUUUCAUUUAAAAGCAUUUGGCAGAGGCUUCUGCGUGAGUCAAGAGGACAUUUUUUGCCCACAUCUGCUUCCAAGAGAGAAAAGAGAGUUUAAGGGGGGGAAAAAACCCAAGCAAAACCCUACCAACUUUCCUCAUGGCUGCCAAAAAGGGUCUUGAAAGAGCUUGUCUUGUGAGUGAGAGGGACACCAAGAAGUACUCCUUGGCCCUAGACAGGAUGAGCUGGCAUCAGAAGAAUUUAAAUGAAGAGAGGCAGCAGCAAGAAGCAGAAAUUGCCGAAGCUAAUCCAGCGUACCACUGUCAUUUCUACUCACAGGCCUACGAGAACAGAAAAAGGGAGCAGCAUCAAGCUAGGAGGAAGCUCUGUGUAGCAUCAGUAAUUUGCAUCUUCUUCAUGAUUGCUGAGAUUACAGGGGAGUAUGUUUGUGGGCACAUUGCUGGGAGCCUGGCUGUGAUCACCGAUGCGGCACACAUCCUGGUGGACCUGACAAGCUUCCUCAUCAGCCUCUUCUCACUGUGGCUUGCCUCCAAACCUCCCACCAAACAGCUGACUUUCGGGUGGCACCGAGCAGAAAUUCUGGGAGCUUUGCUGUCUAUGAUAAUCAUUUGGAUGGUGACUGGUGUGUUGAUAUAUUUGGCUAGCUUGAGGCUGCUACACCCUGAUUACAAUAUUGAUGCUACAGUGAUGCUCAUUACCUCUGCUUGUGCUGUGAUCGCCAACAUAAUACUAAGCCUGAUUCUGCACCAGACUGGACACGGGCACAGCCAUGGGGCACAAGCCAGGGAACAUGUGUCAGCCCCUCUGGAAAAGCCAGCUCUGAGCAAUGCCAGCCUGAGGGCAGCCUUUGUGCAUGCCAUUGGAGAUCUGUUCCAGAGUCUUAGUGUGCUAAUCAGUGCACUUAUCAUCUUCUUUAAGGUUAGUGUUAUUGAGAAUACUUUGGAGUCUCUCCAUUUCUUCAUCUGUAGUGCCUUCAUUCUCUGUGCUGAGGCUCCCUAAUUGGCAAAGGAUCCAGAAUACAAAAUAGCUGAUCCAAUCUGCACAUUUGUGUUUUCCAUCUUUGUUUUGGCAACGACCAUCACCAUUUUAAGGGAUAUUUUGAUUGUGUUAAUGGAAGGAACAUCAAAAGGAUUUGCUUAUGAUGAAGUGAAGGCAAGAAUUUUAGCAGUUGAGAAAGUGGAAUCUGUUCACAACCUUCAUCUUUGGUCUUUGACAAUGAAUCAAACUAUUUUAUCUGCUCAUGUCGCCACAGCAGACACAGAGGACAGCCAGGAGAUUUUGAGAGAUAUUACCCAAGCACUGUUUGAGCACUACAACUUCCACUCCAUUACCAUUCAGAUUGAAUCGGGAGAGGAUCAGAAACAUGACUGCAUCUUCUGCCAAGAGCCCAGGGAUUAAAGGGAGCAGUAUGCUAUGCAUCCCUCUUACAGGUCAGUGGAGACUAUAUGUGCUGGUUGUACAUAAUUGAUUAACAACAAAUGGUAAUUAACUGAACUAAAAAGCCUUGCUGCUGCUAACAGUGGAUGGACCUUUAUUUGUUGACACCACCUAGCAGCAGAGAACAUGUAUUAGGUCCAUCCAUCAGCUAAUUUACCUGUCCAUCAGGGGUUACUUUCAAUUACAAGAGAAAGUAUCUAAAUUAUUCUUGACUAGAGCAGCAGAUUGGCACAAAAGCAACAUCAAGUGUGCCUGUUUGUAAUCACAGGCAACAAAAAACUAAUCAACCUUCAAAUUACCAGCAGACCAAUUAGCACAAAAUGUAAUGAAACGUAAGUUUGGUGUCACCAAAGAUCAAUGCUUACUCAGGAUAAAAGAAAAUUUAAAUUAGCAGGAGGGAUGAAAAGGUCUGGGAAAGAAAAAGAUGGUGGCAUGUGCUUUCCCUGCCUUUUGGCAGACACCCCUUCUCCUGCAUACUAAGGUGAGUAUCAGAUGUGCACCAUACUCUGCAGUGUAGAUCACAAAAGAAUUCCCUCCAUUCUCAUUUGGCAAAUAUUGCUCUUAUUGGCAAAUAAAUUAUUGGCAAGUAAAAACUCUUUAGUUUUUAGCUAC